AUGAAGUGCGCAGAGUGUAUGCGCCGUCUCAGGAAAACAAACAAAAUGAAGUCUCAAGACAGCAAAGGCCUCUGGGCUACUCAGACGGAAAAACCUAUACAUUAUACAUAUUUGAAGGAAUUUCGUGUGGAACAGUGUACGCUCUUUCUGCAGCACAAGUGCACGCAGCAUCGCCCUUAUACUUGUUUUCACUGGCACUUCCUUAACCAGCGGCGGCGCCGACCCAUUAGAAGACGGGAUGGCACCUUCAACUAUUCCCCCGAUGCUUAUUGCAAUAAAUUUGACGAAAAUACCGGCAUCUGUCCAGAGGGAGACGAGUGCCCCUACCUGCACCGGACAGCAGGUGAUACAGAACGAAGGUAUCAUCUUAGGUACUACAAGACUGGAAUGUGUGUCCAUGAUACAGACUCACGGGGGAUGUGUGUUAAAAAUGGUCCUCACUGUGCAUUCGCUCAUGGUGUAGAGGAUGUCAGACCACCUGUGUAUGAUAUACGAGAGCUACAGGUAUUAGAAAUGAUGGACCAUGAUGGCAUUAAUGGCGCGGGUCCCAAUAACCUCGAUAAGGAGCGAAAUAUGGUUAAUGAUGAUCCCAAGUGGCAAGAUACCAGUUAUGUUUUAGCUAAUUAUAAGACUGAGCAGUGCAAGCGGCCGCCCAGGUUAUGCCGGCAAGGUUAUGCAUGUCCUCAGUAUCAUAAUUCUCGCGAUAGGAGAAGAUCACCAAAAAAAUGUAAAUAUAGGUCUACUGCGUGUCCUAACGUUAAACAUGGUGAUGAGUGGGGGGAGCCUAGUAAUUGUGACAACGGAGACAUUUGCCAGUACUGCCACACUCGCACUGAGCAACAGUUCCACCCAGAAAUUUACAAGUCCACCAAGUGCAACGAUAUUCAGCAGAAUGGCUACUGCCCACGAGGAGCCUUCUGUGCCUUUGCUCAUCAAGACCAGGAAAUGACUCAAGUUAGAGAAACUGCAGCAAGUGAAAAUUGCACUGGGACAAGUUUAGCUGACAUCCUUCAAUCUGCUCUCCCUGUGGACAACCAUGUAACGCCGUCCUCCACCACGGCUUCAACAACUCAUUGUAAUUCAUCUCAAAUCUCUAAAACAAAUACUGUAACAAGCAUUAGCAAUAAUAUAGACUCUGUAUUUGGUAAUGGGAUGAGUCAUCCUCCACCACCUCUAGCACCUAUUGGCAGUAAACCACGCCACUUCAGUGGGAACACACUUUUAGGAGGCUCUUCCGAUGCUCUAGGUUUAAGUGGAAGCUUAGGAGGUGGAGUGAGUGGCUUGAGUAUAGGUGGUCUGAGCUCAUACCACAAAGCUCCAGGCUCAGAACGGGAAGAUCGGGAAACCAACUUUAAAAAACAAUUAGCUGCCAUCGAUAAUGAUCACUCUAUAGAUCCCCAGGAGAAAAGUAAACGUAAACAGUCUCUCUUCUUAGCCAAUAUGAUCCCAAGCCACCCAGCAAACAUCAGCCUUCCCAUCACCCUCCCUGUCUCUGUUCCUGUUUCACAGUCAUCCUCCUUUGUGUCAUCGCUACCCUCCAGCUUAUCAUCGACAGUCUCUCCCCUGGCCCCUCCAUUCUACCCCACCAGCGACACUGUGGAAUCUGUUGUAGGAAGUGCUUUAGAGGAUUUAAGCCUAGAUGAACCUUUGAACAUUGCUGCAUCUUUAGAUAGAGAACUAGAAGUGGAAAAUAAUUCUUUAAGUAAUUCUAUAUCAACGGGUUUAGCUAGUUCAGGAUUGCUUGGGUCUAGUGCGCCAGUAAACAUUCCUGGCUCUAACUUUCAAGAACGAUCUGGAGGCUUAAUUACUAAUCCUUCACCAUCAUCUACUUCGUCUCCAGCCUUCCCACAUUCAUUUUUGCAGUCGUCAUUACACCGUGAAAACUCCAUGGACCAGUGUUUUUGUAAUAACUUACAGGGAGCAGCAGCAGCAGCAUUCCUGGGCAAUAAUGGAGUAGGCAAAAUAACAGGAGGAAGUGGAGUGUUCUCAUCAAGUAACACAAGUGCAAGUCUCUUUGACCUUGGUUCCAACAUGUCCCCACACAGUCGAAAUCCACUCAGCAAUCCUUUGUCACAGUCUCCCCUCAUGACUCCCUUCAGCAGCAACAGCAGCUGCAGUACCUCAGAGAUUCAACGCCUGAGAGAGGAACUGGUCACAAACCGAGCCAAGCUGGCUUCAUGGGAGGAGGGCAUUGCUCAGGCACGGACAGCAUGUGAGGCUUGGAGACGUGAGGCCGACGACGCCAACAGGAAAUAUAAAAUGGCUGAACAGACCAAGGAGGAGUUUGCAAGUAAGAUAACAGCCCAGCAGAAGGAAAUGGAAGAGCUACGAGCUGGACGUUUAGGACCAUAUGUACAGGCCCUCCACCCUCAUACUGACUUGGAGAAGCUGCCACUGCACACUCUAAAGGCUUUACAAUCUCAACUUCGGCAAGAUUUAGACUCCAUAGAAAAAGUUAUAAAUAAUUAUGGAAGUAAGGGAGAGAAGUGGCCUGGGUCAGGUCCUACAUGGUAAGGCUGUAGUCAGUUAGGUCAUACUUGGGAGUGCUGUUGCUGCCACUGCUUCUCUUUGCCGCCACAUCUUGUUAAGUUUUGUAGAAGUAUUGUUUAUAGGCUAUUUUUGCACGUUGAUGGUACAGUCAAAUUAUAAUUGAAUUUUAUUGUCUCUACCAGAAAAAGUGAAAAGUGCAUAAGUUUUUAUUGUACUAAAGAUAUGAUUGAUUAUUAAACUUGGUGAACCCAGUUUUCUCAUCUUCCCUGCCCUGCCAUUCCCUGGCCUUAAUCGUUUACUGCCACACUGCUGUGCCCAAAAUACUUCCUAAUGCAAUGCUCUGCCCAAUACAAUACUUUGCCCAGUAGAAUGUUCUGCUCAGUAAAAUGCUCUGCCUAACACAGUACACACACUGUAUAACACAAUACCAAACAUGCUGCAUCACCAGUUAUGGCAUAUAUAAACAGUCAUUGUAGUGACCUGCACUCGAUCACGGCUGCCACUACAUCCAUACCAUGAUUCCUCACAAUUCCACAGUUAUUUAUUAAAAAAAAACUGUGCUGAUGACUGAGGAUAUAUGUCUUGAUUUAAUUUGAGGUAAUACUGUACUAUAAUGAUCCUGGAGUUGGGAUGCUUACUAAGAUAAACUGUGUACCAGUAUGAAGACUUCUGUUUGUUUUUUGUUUUUAUUAACAUGUCGACCAUUUCCCGCCAAGGCAGGGUGACCUGAAAAGGAAGAAAUGCUUUCAUCAUCGUUUGCUCCAUCGCUGUCUUGCCAUAGGCAUGCCUACACUACAAUUAAAAACUGCAACAUCAACACCCUCCUUCCGAGUGCAGGCACUGUACUUCCCACCACUCUCUUAACCUCUCUUUUUCUUUCUAUAUGCUCUUCCCUAUUUGCAUCACUUCUGUUUUGUAAAAACCUCUCAUGUGCUAACUUUUUCUCUGUUACUACUCUUUACAUUAUCAUUCCACCAUUUACUCUUCUUCCCUCCCACACCCACUUUCCUGUAACCACAAACUUCUGCUGAACGCUCUAACACUACAUAAAAAAAAAAACCAUACCACAGGCGGGGAUAGAACCCGUGAUCAGAGUCUCAAAACUCCAGACCGUCGUGUUAGCCACUGGACCAGCUAGCCACAAUAAGAUUCGUCCAACUAGGUAUAUUUCUACACCAUAGGAAGGUUAGCAUAGGCACAACUGUGACCACAAAUGCAAGUUUUUACAGACGAAUCUCCAGCUAGUGUGGCCAUGACAAACCCUAGCUCAAGUCCCCUCAAAGCCGUUAACAUGACUCACGAAAUCGUAAUGAAACGAUUGCAAACAAUCCAUACCACGGGCGGGGAUAGAACCCGUGAUCAGAGAGUCUCAAAACCCCCAGACCGUCGUGUUAGCCACUGGACCAGCUAGCCACAAUAAGAUUCGUCCAACUAGGUAUAUUUCUAGGUUUAUUUGCAGUCGUGUCAUUACAAUUUCGUGAGUCAUGUUAACACUACAUUCUUAAACCUACCCCAUACAUCUUUGACCCCAUUGCCUAUACUCUCACUAGCCCAUCUAUCCUCCAACAGUUGUUUACAUCCUACCCUAACUGCCUCCUCCUCCUUUAGUUUAUAAACCUUCACAUCUCUCUUAAUUGCUGCUUCUAUUUUCCUUGUAUUCCAUCUACCUUUUACUCUCACCAUUGCUACAGCUAAAAAAUUAUCUGAUGUGUCUAUGGCCCCUCUGUAAACAUGUACAUCCUGAAGUCUACUCAUCAGUCUUUUAUCUACCAAUACAUAGUCCAGGUAGGGGAUGUGUGGACCAGGUGUUUACAGUGAAACAUAUAAGUGAACAGUAUUUAGAUAAGGCUAAAGAGGUCUUUGUGGCAUUUAUGGAUUUGGAAAAGGCAUAUGAUAGGGUGGAUAGGGGGGCAAUGUGGCAAAUGUUUUAGGUGUAUGGUGUAGGAGGUAGGUUACUGAAAGCAGUGAAGAAUUUUUACGAGGAUAGUGAGGCUCAAGUUAGAGUAUGUAGGAAAGAGGGAAAUUAUUUCCCAGUAAAAGUAGGCCUUAGACAAGGAUGUGUGAUGUCACCGUGGUUGUUUAAUAUAUUUAUAGAUGGGGUUGUAAGAGAAGUAAAUGCGAGGGUCUUGGCAAGAGGCGUGGAGUUAAAAGAUAAAGAAUCACACAUAAAGUGGGAGUUGUCACAGUUGCUCUUUACUGAUGACACUGUGCUCUUGGGAGAUUCUGAAGAGAAGUUGCAGAGAUUGGUGGAUGAAUUUGGUAGGGUGUGCAAAAGAAGAAAAUUAAAAGUGAAUACAGGAAAGAGUAAGGUAAUGAGGAUAACAAAAAGAUUAGGUGAUGAAAGAUUGGAUAUCAGAUUGGAGGGAGAGAGUAUGGAGGAGGUGAAUGUAUUCAGAUAUUUGGGAGUGGACGUGUCAGCGGAUGGAUCUAUGAAAGAUGAGGUGAAUCAUAGAAUUGAUGAGGGGAAAAAGGUGAGUGGUGCACUUAGGAGUCUGUGGAGGCAAAGAACUUUGUCCUUGGAGGCAAAGAGGGGAAUGUAUGAGAGUAUAGUUUUACCAACGCUCUUAUAUGGGUGUGAAGCAUGGGUGAUGAAUGUUGCAGCAAGGAGAAGGCUGGAGGCAGUGGAGAUGUCAUGUCUGAGGGCAAUGUGUGGUGUGAAUAUAAUGCAGAGAAUUCGUAGUUUGGAAGUUAGGAGGAGGUGCAGGAUUACCAAAACUGUUGUCCAGAGGGCUGAGGAAGGGUUGUUGAGGUGGUUUGGACAUGUAGAGAGAAUGGAGCGAAACAGAGUGACUUCAAGAGUGUAUCAGUCUGUAGUGGAAGGAAGGUGGGGUAGGGGUCAGCCUAGGAAAGGUUGGAGGGAGGGGGUAAAGGAGGUUUUGUGUGCGAGGGGCUUGGACUUCCAGCAGGCAUGCAUGAGCGUGUUUGAUAGGAGUGAAUGGAGACAAAUGGUUUUUAAUACUUGACAUGCUGUUGGAGUGUGAGCAAAGUAACAUUUAUGAAGGGGUUCAGGGAAACCGGCAGGCCGGACUUGAGUCCUGGAGAUGGGAAGUACAGUGCCUGCACUCUGAAGGAGGGGUGUUAAUGUUGCAGUUUAAAAACUGUAGUGUAAAGCACCCUUCUGGCAAGACAGUGAUGGAGUGAAUGAUGGUGAAAGUUUUUCUUGUUCGGGCCACCCUGCCUUGGUGGGAAUCGGCCAGUGUGAUAAUAAAAAAAUAAAAAAUAACAUAGUCCAACAAACUACUGUCAUUACACUCUAUGUCAUAUCUUGUAUAUUUAUUUACCCUUUUUUCCUUAAAGUAUGUAUUAUUAUCAAACCCCCUUCCUGUACAAAGUUUAAUCAAAGUGCCCCCAUUAUCUUUUACACCUUGCACCCCAAACUUACUUACCACUCCCUCUCUGUUUCUGCCGCUUUAGCAUUUAGGUCCCCUACCACAAUUACUCUCUCACUUGGUUCAAAAGUUCCUAAACAUUCAGUAUCUCCCAAAAUCUCUUUCUCCUCUACACUUUUCUCUUCUUGAGGUGCAUGUACACUUAUUAUAACCUGCUUUUCACAUCCAAUCCUUAUUGUAAUCUACAUAAUCCUUGAAUUUAUACAUUUAUAUUCCCUCCUCUCCUGCCAUAACUGAUCCUUCAUCAUUAUUGCUACACCUUCCUUAGCUCUCUCUCAGAUACUCCUGACUUAAUCCCAUUUAUUUCUCCCCACUGAAACUUCCCUACCCCCUUCAGCUUUGUUUUGCUUAGUUAUUAAUAAAUUAUUGCUUACUACCUCCUGCCAUCCUUGUUCUGCCACCUUGUUACCUUUCUCCACUUUGUCCUUCCAUAAUUACCUCUUAACACUUUGUCCCUCCAUAAUUACCUCCCAACACUGUCCCUCAAUAAUUACCUCUCAACACUUUGUCCUUCCAUUAUUAUCUCCCAACACUUUGUCCCUCCAUAAUUACUUUCCACCAACACUUAAGUUUUGUAGACUAUGCAGGCAAGCAACUUUAUUAUUCUUUAACCCUUUCAGGGUCCGUCCCGUAGAUCUACGGCUUUACGUUCAGGGUCCAAACCGUAGAUCUACGUCAUGAGCUCAGCUCACUCUGAUAAACUGUGAGUGGUAAAUUUGGGCCUAGAUAUGAGAGAAUACAUCUAUGUGGUAUGUGUGCACCACAUAAAACAAAUCCUGCAGCACACUGUGUAUAAUGAGAGAAAAAAACUGAGACCGUGAUUUUCGAUUAAAACAGCGACUUUGCAGUGUUUUUCGUAUGUUUUUUAUAGUUGUAUUUGUGAUUUCUUGGUCUCAUUUGAUAGAAUGGAAGACAUAUCACAGAAAUAGAGAUAAUUUUGAUUGGUGUUAGCACUGGAAAUGGCUUGAAACUGAGCUCAAAGUGGCGGAAAUGUUAAAUUUUUGCCGAUGUUCAAGAGUAAACAAACGACCUCACACAUCUUAUACACGCCAGCUGGUGGGUCUAAUAUACAUUCACAAAUGUGGUGAUGAUAUUUAUACAAUUAUUACAAUAUUGCAUAACAGUAAAUCUUCUAUUUUUUGGUGUGAAUAAAAAUUCAUUAUGUGAACAAAAAUUCAAAAUGGAAUUUAUUUGUAAAGCCUCAAAACAUAACUAAUGAACAGAGGAAAUGUUAGUUUAGUGCCAGGAAUACCUACAUUGUUUAUUCUGGACCCUAUUUUGAAAUUGGAAUAUUUUGAACUUUGUGUUAAAUUGGCCAAAUUACCAAUUUCUGGUCACUUUAUUUUGUAGUUGAAAUGGUUGACUUGGUGAUUUCUUGUGCUCAAUCGAUAGAAUAGAAAUAAUACUAGUGAAAUAGCUAAGAAUUUGGUCGACUGGAAUAAUGUAAUUGGCCUAAAAUGGGAGUCAAAGUCGGCAAAAUCGCCGAUUCGUAAAUAUCACCGACACAUCAAAAUUCACGAGAGCAUAAUUUCGUCAAUUUUCCAUCAAAUUUCAUACUUUUUGUUUUAUUACCUUCACAAAAAGAUUCUCUACCAUUUCAUAAGAAAAAAUAAAAAAAAAUUUUUUUGAAAAUUCUUGGACACUGGGGCACCACUUAAGAUUUUGGCCUUGGACCCUGAAAGGGUUAAGACUGUAUGGUAUGCCUAGAAGCAUCAUUAUAAUGUUGCUGAAGCAUUAUUUCCUCUGUAUGUUUUUGCCUUCACAGAAAAUGCUUAAGCUUGUGUUGGCACAAUGUCACAUUUGUUCUGAUUCACCAAAAUUUCAGUGUCAUUUCUCAUGUUUUCCUAAUUCAUUCUUACAUAAUUAUAUCCUCAGCCAGCAGAUUUCCUGUUAUUGAUCUGUGAUCAGUGCAAUAUGCAUGUAUUCUUUGGUGGGCCUAAUGAGGGGGUUUUGUUUUUGUCAGUAUUAUGAUAAAAGUUUGCAUACAUUAGCAAGAAGUAGAACAGCUUAGAAUGAUCAGGAUUUGAUGUGACCCCAUGCAGUAGAGCCUCUUGUGAGAGCUCUCUAAAAAAAAUCUUGACUCUUUGCUUAGUCAAAGAGUCAAGUGAAAUAUUAAGUACAUUAUAGUUAAAAUAAAUGUUAGUGUAUUGGAAGUUGUUUGCUCAGACGUCUAUGACAGUUAGGUACUUCAAUGCUAAAAGGCUCAGUUGUGCGUGGGAUUGAUCAAGAAGUACAUCUUUGCUAAGAGUGUCAGUUGUGCAUGGGUUUGAUUAGGAAGUACAUCCUUUCUAACAGUGUCAGUUGAGUAGGGUUGACCAGGAAGUGCAUCCUUGUUAACAGUGUUGUAUGUAUGGGGCUGACCAGAAGUACAUCCUUGCCUGUCGUACCGUGAUUCACAUGGUAGAGAAAAUCUUAAUAGUUAAUACCAGAUAAUAAUUUGACUUAACGUGCUAUCCAAGUGAUUCUCCCCAAUAUCUGGAUAUUAUUUACAUAAGGACAACUCACUGACUAACUGAUAUGGUGUGUCUUUGAGUACCUCUUUUUAAGAAAUAAUAUACACUUUUAGCUGCUUCACAGAGUGGACAGCCACUAGUCGCUACCUAAGUUGGCACCUUCUGCCACCGAGGUAUUCAGACGACUGAUUCAGUACAAAGAAUGCAACAAUGAAAGUCUCAUUAGGGUAGGGAAAUUACUGCAUUUUAGAUGUAGUAUUGUAGUGUAGGUGUUGAAAUGUGUUGGGUGUAAUGUGAGAUGGGUGCUGUGACACAAAUUGACAACCUGCUCCCAUUGGAUGGAUAAAAGCAGAAAUUGCCAGUUAUUUGAAUUUCAAGUACAAUAUUCUAAGUGAUGUUUGGAAAGUACAUUCUCUCUUGGAUAAACUUUCCAAAUUAAUUCAGUUUGCUAUUUCUGUGUAAGGGGAGAGAUUUUAGUUUUCCCAGGCACGUCGAGGGAGAUUGUCGUAACCUACCAUUACUGUUGCCAAGUGACAAUGCAAAGGAUUUGUUUUUAAACCUGUACCCUUAGCAAUAAUGUUAUGAGAGAGACGACAGGUUCAGAAGCGGAGCAUUUCAGCCAAGUUGUAUCAUUGUGGCAUCUCUGCAUUGACAUCAUUUUUUUUUUAUCAAAAUGCUACUGAUGAGCAUAUUUUAUUCAUGGAUUUUUUUGUAAUUGUAAUCAAAACCUUAAUUAGGUGAUGAGAUCAAUAUUUAUAUUUCUUAGAUUAGUACAACAAUUUUAUAUGACUUUAAUGAAGCUAUUUUUAACGAGGUGAGUGGUUGCAAGAGUCUGAAAGGCAGCAGUGCUGCACAUGUUGAUGUACAACCUUGCAGGGACUCAGCUGCUUAGCUUAUCUCAUUUUCUAAAUAGACUCACAAUUGUUAAGGAUCUUUUUUAGACCAAGUAACAAAAUGUUUGUCAUUUACAAUUUAGGAUUUUCUAAUUAAUGUAAAUACUAUAAUAAGCAAGCUACAGUGCAGAAUAAAAGUUGCAAUAGUUGAGUGUGUUUGGCAUAGUUUUGUAUACAGUAUAGUAAAAGUUUUAGCCCUUAUACUAGACACACUUCAGCAGCCACUCCUUUAAUAAACACAACAUUGAGGCACCAUUUUAAAGCAUUUAGAUUUGUUUUAAUUUGCUGAUGUACAUUGGAUGUUCAGUUCAUCAGUAAAGUUAGUGCAUGACAUAGGUUACAAGAUGUUGAUGUUUCACACAACAGACCUUUUAACAGUGGAAUGAGUACAUAAUUUAAGCUACAAAACAUUUUUCUUCAGUAUUACUGGCCUACAGGUUAACCAUGUAGACUUCAUCUGGCAGUACCUAGACUUUUCCUUGCUUCACUUAAAAACUGAACUUAAUCUAGAUUAAUAUAUAAUAUUUAUUACUUUAGACUUUUUUAAAAACAUUCCUGUAGAUAAUUUUUUCAAAUCAUUAGGAAAAAUAGAAUAAGAGCAGAAUAAAAUAAGUACUGUAUAUAAUUGAGAAAUAGUUGUUGCAGAUUAAACAAAUCUUACAUAUGGAGAUUAAGAUGAGUCACUUUAGUCACAUUUCAGGAUUUCGUACAGUGUAACCGUUCUUUUAACAUAUCGGCUGUAUCUCACUGAGGCAGGGUGACCCAAGAAGAAAAAAAAAAGUUUUUCCUUUUAAAUUUAGUAAUUUAUACAGGAGAAGGGGUUACUAGCGCCUUGGCCUGCUUAUAAUGUAUUACUAAUAAAAAUUCUUCAUAAGAUCAUAGCUAACAUUUACCUGACUAAAGAACACUGCUGAAGAUGCACCUAUUAUCCAUAGAUGGUCUUUGAUGUCAGAAGUAGUACAAUCAGAGCAUAUUUUAAUACACCAUGAGAAUAGUUGUGCAUGUGUCUUUGAUAAUUUUGCUACAUUGCAACCUAUUCUGGACCUCACUUGUCAUUGAACUCAAUUUUUUUUUUCUCUCUCCAAUUCUACUUGCUGCUUACCUUCCUACUUAGGUAAGAUGUUAACCCAAACCUGGUGAUACUUACCUGAGAUAAUACAAAUAAUUGUUAUUCAGUAUGUGGCACAGUAUACACUUAUUUAUGUUGUAUAUAAUGUCUUUUUUUUUUUUUUUUUUUUUUUUUUUUUUUUUUUUUUUAAGUUUUGGCUUGGUGCUGUGAUAAUUGUAUUUUAAUAAUUUAUAUUGUUGCCCUGAUGCAUUGAUGGCUGUUGCAGUUGUAUUGUGCUAUUUAUGAGUAUUAAAAAUAUUCCUGUGUACACUUAGGAUUUUGUCAGUCAACUUCAAUUCCAAAGUAUGGUAUAAAUAAUUUUUUUACCUUUCAAGCUAGAGCCUUGACAGUUAAUAUAAAAAUUAGUAAAUCAAAAAAGUUUGACAAAAUCUAGUACAGUAGUGAGGUUUGCUGUCAUUAUGUUUAUGGAAUGGCUAUAAGCUAUUAGUGCAUUCAUUUGUUAGUUUUAGCUCUCUCAAAAAAUGUCAGUGUAUUAGUACAACUUGUAAGCACAAGGCAUAUAAGUCUUGUGACAAAUAUGUAGUACCACCAUGUGUAGACGAUCAAGGGGCAAUGCUUCUUACAAAAUGUGUUCAUAACAUACCUCCAUAACUCAUACCCUUAAUUAUAGGAAAUAUUGUACACCGUUGAUUUUUUUGUGAUCUUAAAAGGAGAAACUUUGCAAUUAUUUUUUUUUUUAAGUGCUGUAAACCCCCCUCAUAACGUGCAAGAUAUGUUCCUGAAAAUUGUUGCCUUGUGGAAAAUUGUUAUGGAAAAUGAAGAACAUGGGAAAAAUAAGGUUAUGUUCCAGAGACUUCAAAAAUACCAAAAUGUUUUUUAUUUAAAUGUCAUUAUUUGUUAAAAAAUAUAAAUUUUAUCUUUACAUACAUAUAUUCUGGUUGACAUUGCUUGUUGCCUUGGAAGUGUAAGGAGAGGAGUGUUCAGUGGUCAGUCGUCAGUGUUCAGUGGUCAGUCGUCAGAGUGUUCAGUGGUCAGUCGUCAGUGUUCAGUGGUCAGUCGUCACGUGAGGUCACAGACCCUGAGCUGCUUUGGGGAUUAGCGUGGACGGUUACAAAGCAUGGCUUGCUUCUGCAGUGUUUUAAAAACUGAGUUUGGAGAGUUGAAGGAGGAGGUCUUGCUUCUCCAGGAGGAGAUUAGGAGGCUGAAGGUCCACCUCAAUGGGCCUGGGAGAGAGUGUGAGGUGGUUGGAGAUGUGGGGAAUGAGGCUUCUAGCAGUGAGGUGCA